AUGGACAAGGAGUUCCACAAGUCGAACGGGAUCGACUUGAUCUUGGCCGGCUUUCACUCGAUGGUGGCCGCAGUGUUCAUGUGCCUCGCGGUGACCAGGUACCGGAACGACAAGGACAUGAGCACAGACUUGCUGACGACCAACAAUGAGGAAAUCAAGCAGCUGAAGGCAGGCAGGAGAUAUUUCCCAGCGGGGAAGAUGUCCGCGACGAGGAUGAAUCGGGCGUUUUCGACGACAGAUUCAGAUCCGAGGAAGGAUCGACGGGCGGUGGGGAGGUCGCCCACUCGGCUAUCUGACCGGUCCCCGGUGAAGAGGAAUUACUCCGCCUCCUGA